AGGCCGAAAGCUGAGUAGACAUGACUUCGGAACAGGAUGCAGAGGUGAAAACUCAGGAAAUAAUGUUGGAGGCGUUGCGGAAGAACGGAGCUGUGGAUUUCCGUCUGCCCUGGAAAGACCUGAAGGGCAGGAACCCCAUGGACGACGUCAACGAGCAAAUCGACCAAUGGAACCCGCAAUUGAGUGGAACCGGGACACACGUUGACGAAGUCGAGCGAGAUGCCGAAUUUGAGCUCGUCAAACGAAGCAUGGAACCUUUGGAGGGCGUCGAAGGGAUCUACAAGCGAAUUACCAAGGCAGGAACUGGCGAGAAAGCAGCGACGAAUUGCCUCGUCACUGUCGACUACACCAUGUUCCAGGCCCAUUCUAAAGAACCGAUCGACUCUACUUACAACCAGGACUCUUCAUUCAUUUUCCGUCUGGGUACUAGAACUGCUGUCCACAUGAUGAAUGAGAUCAUGCUCACCAUGCGGCCCGGCGAACGCGCUUGGUUCUUUGUGGAGCCCUCGAUGGCCUUUGAAAGCGUGGAAACCAGCAAGAUCUUUAAACGGUUCGCCAUCGAGGGCUCCACAAAGAACCAAGCGCGUUCGCCGGGCCGCAUGGUGAGCAUGAUCUCAUUCAUCAUGUGGACAGCAGUUCUAGUACCCAGACGGAAAAUGAAUGAAGAGUCCUGGAGUAUUCGACGUGAUAAGCCGAUGGUGCUCGACGUGGAAUUAGUUGAAGUUAUGGACAAUGCGAUAGCGAGGAAGUUGUGGGAUUACAGCGACGCGGAGUUGCGCGAAGUGCCUCUGGACGAGGUGUUGAAAGGCGUGGAAGAACUGAAAGCUGUGGCCAAUGAUUUCGUCAACACUGAAGCUGUCAAGGCUGUCUACAGGUAUCGAUGCGCCAUCAAUUGGCUCCGCAUCCGGAUGGAAGAAAGCUCGUCGGACGAUGAAACCCGGAAGCAGGACAUGAUCUCUCUCCUCCAGACCAACUGCACCGUCGCCCUGCUCAAGCUCCGAGACCAGGAAUCCACGGCCUUGCAAUUUGCCCAGGACGCUGUCAAGUCGGCCAAGAAAGGCACCGGCGGUCGUUUGUCCAAGGCGUACUUCCAUCUGGCCCGAGCCCACGCUGCCUCGCAUGCCUGGCCCGAGGCCACGGCCGCCGUGGACUUGAGUCUGGGGCUUGGCAAGACGACGGCGGGGGUGUUGUUAAAGCGGGACAUUGUGGCGGCGUCGCGGAAGGAGCGGGACGCCAGUGCUCAGAUGUGCCGGAAGAUGGUGGCUGGGGCUGGAGGCGACGGUGCGGGGGUUUCGAUCCGGGAUUGUCCUCCGGAUGUGAUUAAUGUCAGCCCGGAAUUCAGGGAAUACGCGAGCACGAUCAUUGGCAGGUUCGUGACGAAUGAAAAGGAAUGGUUCCUGAGUCUCCCAGACGGACUGGACAUGGCUCAACGUGCCUACAUUGGCGAGCAGGUGCGAAAGGUGGAUCUCGAGACGGUCAAGGACAAGGACGGCAACAUCGUGAUGCCGAAUCCAAUGUGGCCGCUGCGACGGCAGGGCCCGCACAAAUGGCUGCGCUGGGGCGCCACUUUUGUGUGUCUGGCCCAGGCUCUCGUCAUUGCCAUCGUAGUUGUGAAAGCCUGUUUCGACACUGAAGGCGGCUGUCAUUGGUACUCAUUUCUGGACACUGCCAUUCACGGACACAAAUUUGCCAAAAUUUCGGCUCAACAGGCGAAGCAAGAGAUAGUUUUGCUGCCUGGGCCCAAGGUCAUCAGUGAGGAGGACGAGGAUUCCUGGAGACGGUUGAAUGGGCGGAAUGCGACUCUUUGUUCUGUGCAGCAUUCAUUUGACGACGCGAGUGUUUGCAGGCAAUGGAAAGAUUUCGAGUGUCAGUUGUGCUUGAUUUUCUCGAGAAUUAUUGAAGACGCGUGCACUUGUGCGAAGUUCAUGCGAGAGGCAUGCCAUCCCGAACAAUGCCGGGACGGAUGGACUGGUCCGUCGUGUUCAUUCCCCAGCCGUUUGUGGCCCACCACCGCCACAGCCGCUACUCAAAAGGACAUCCGCCUCUCCCCGAGACUCCGCAACAUCAUAUGCGCGUUUGCCGUGCGAACAGACGAAUUGGAAUUGGCGGAGCUUCAAGUCCGUUCCCUUGCCCCCUACGUGGAACUGUUCAUCAUCGCGUCAGCGUUCGUAACCGCCACUGCAGCUCACAACGCCGCCGUCAACAACAAGGACGCCCUGUUGGACCGCCUCCGCGCGGGUUGGAUGGCUGAUGUCCAGGACAAAAUCCUCUACGUGGCCUCUGACAAGUCGUUGAGCAAAACUGUCGCCGGUCGCAUCGGGGAUCUCCGAUCUGAUGACUGGGUCCUGUUUCUAGAGCCAGGAGUAGUUGUUUCGAGUGACACCGUGGCGGCACUGAAGAUGCACACGGGUCUCGGAGAUUGCGUAUCUGGUCAAUUCCGGAGAACCGCCUUCAAUUUGGGCUCUUCGGGUGACAGUGAAACGAUGGCAUUUGCUGUGACUUACGACGCGUUUUCCAAGCGCUUGAAUUAUUCUUUCCCGGGACCGUUUUUGAACGCGACUCGGAUGACGUCGUCGUCGUCUUCUUCUGCUGUAGUGGUGGUUCCAUCAGGAGUGGUGCUGGGUGACUUGGUGGGCUGGAGGUGUUCGUGGUGCCUCGGGAAGGACGCCAUGGUGAAUCGUGUGAGACUGCUGACCGAGUUGGCGGUGAAUGGGGAUCAGGGAGCAGCGAAGCAGCUGAGAGACAUGGUGGAGGCGAGGGAGACUGUGAUGAAGUCUAUGGCGGUUUCUGGUGGUGGACCGAAAAGUGGCGGCUUUGUGCCGGACUACGCCUACAAGUAUCCGAGCAAGUAUGGAUUCCUCGUGGGCUUUGGGGCGCCUGAAUUGUGGCCAAAGCCGGUGCCUGUUAAGAGUUGGGCUGCGCCGACGAAUCAUCUUUUGCCCCAGACGACGAAGGUUUCUCAUCUGUUGACAAGAUCCGCACACUCGCCCAAAAUGUCGCCGAGGGCAUUCCGCCGCCCCGUGCGACCAGACACGAGGAAGUCCUCGGGCACCGCCGCAGCCGGUGACGCCACCGCGCCGCCCUCAGCCGAUGGACCGCCUUCCGCUCCGCCGCCGCCGCUACCGCCUGCCGAUGAGCCGCUCAUGCUGCGUGCUCAUCCUCUCCGACGGCGCUGGCACCAAUACGGAUGCCCCUCACCUUGCUCAGCCCCCAAAGCGACAGCAAAGCGUAAGUUGCAACGCAGACAAAACGCCAAAGAGCAGAAAGGCAAUAGCACGCAGCAGUCACAGUUGUCAGAGCUCCUGUUACAGCCAUCAAACAUCAACCCAAUCCCACCCACAAAAAAAAGG